ACGAGGGUCCAGGAGGCAGGGCAGGGGAGGGUCUGGGAGGACCUGGCAGGGGCCACUUUUCACUGAGCACUCCUUAGGGGCCCCGGGAUUCGAUUUCUAACAGGACUUUGGAGAGAGGCCUGGUGAGUGUGAGGUGCUCUGACUGUGGCCUCUCACUUCCCAAUCUGCAGACACUUGGAUCUGGUUGAUCUGGCUGGGUGGGUGGUCCCUUUCUUCCGUCACAGCCCCUGACACCUCCCCCUGCAGCUGGCAACUGGCCAGCGAGAACAACCCCACCUAGAAAAGGCUGAUCCUCCAGUUGAGUCGCUGGUAAGUAGUCUUUUGUCUAUUUCUGCCAGUUCCAAGCGUCUGGAGUCAUCUACCAGAUAUCAAAGCUGGAGAAACUCUACCAAGAAACGACGACUCCUCAUGGGAAAGAAAACACGGGUGUAUUCUAACCCGGUUUUCUUUAAGAUGGGAGAUGUUUUUGUUUUGGCAAUUCUGCCCCCCCAGGAAGAGAGGCCAGGUCACUACCUACUCCUUUUCUCUAAAACAUUUCCAAGGACAUCAGCCAAAUCCCUGCCUGUACUUUUAUUUGGAAGAAAAUCCUUUUGUAGACAAACUUAAAAUAAUUUUUUGACAAAACCGUAAGGCUUUUAAAAAAAAUAUCUCUUUAAAAUUGAUGGGAGUGGGAGGCCAAUCAUAAGGGAAAGAGCUCUGUUGCCUGGUGGAGUAGACCUCUUUCCUGCUACUUGAUGAAUCUGGUAGCAGGUGCAACCCCCAAGAAGAAAAGGAAAAAGCACAAAGAAAACUACAGAAUCAGGGAACAAUGCUGAGGACACAAGGUGUGGAACUGAGUCAUGUUCAGCCAAGCCCUGGCAAGAUACAGGGAGAAUUUAGGGUCUCCAGCACUGACCCUGUUAUGAUUUGCUGUAAACUCUGUCAGGCCUUGCAGUUUGGUCAAGAAAUUUCAGGCCCUCUCUCAGCUCGUUUGCCUGCUGCCGUGGCCUUGGCAACAGCCUUCUGCAGGGGUCAGCCCAGGGCUCCUCCCGCCCAUGCAGUCUGCUGCUGCCAUUGCCGAGGGCCUCAGUGGCCCCCUGUUUGGGGCCUACACUCUGCCCGCCUUCAAGUUCCAGCCGCGCCACGAGAGUGUGGACUGGAGGCGCAUUAGUGCCCUGGAUGUGGAGCGUGUGGUGCGGGAGCUGGACGUGGCCACCCUGCAGGAGAACAUCGCUGGUGUCACCUUCUGCAACCUGGACCGGGAGACGUGCAGUCGCUGCGGGCAGCCUGUGGACCCCACGCUGCUCAAGGUGCUGCGCCUGGCACAGCUGAUCAUUGAGUACCUGCUGCACUGCCAGGAUAUCCUGAGCGCCAGUGUUGCCCAGCUGGAGGCACGGCUGCAGGCCAGCCUGGGCCAGCAGGAGCGUGGCCAGCAGGAGCUGGGCCGCCAGGCUGAUGAGCUCAAGGGCGUGCGGGAGGAGAGCCGCCGGCGCCGCAAGAUGAUCAGCACCUUGCAGCAGCUGCUCCUGCAGACAGGCGCCCACACCUACCACACGUGCCACCUGUGUGACAAGACGUUCAUGAACGCCACCUUUCUGCGUGGCCACAUCCAGCGCAGGCACGUGGGUGCGGCGGAAGGCGGAAAACAGAAGAAGCAGGAACAGCCAGUGGAGGAGGUGUUAGAAGAGCUGCGUGCCAAGCUAAAGUGGACCCAGGAGGAGCUGGAAGCGCAGCGGGAGGCUGAGAGGCAGCAGCAGCUCCAGGAAGCAGAGAUCACUCGUCAGAGGGAAAUAGAAGCUAAGAAAGAAUUUGAUGAAUGGAAAGAAAAAGAGUGGAUCAAGCUUUACGGGGAAAUAGACAAGCUAAAGAAAUUAUUUUGGGAUGAAUUUAAGAGUGUUGCCAACCAGAAUUCUACACUAGAAAAGAAACUGCAGGCACUGCAGUCCCACAGUGUGCCAGAGUCCAACCUUGGGUCGCUGCAAGAUGAGGAGUCUGAGGAGCUACUCAGGCAGGCCCAGGAGCUCCAGGUGCUGAAGGAGAAGAUGGAAAUCCAGAAAAAGGAGUGGAAGAGAAAAAUGAAGGAACUGCAGGAAGAGCAUGUGGCUCAGAAGAGGGAGCUGCAGGAGGAGAACAAGAGGCUCCAAGCCUCCCUGUCUCAGGAUCAGAGGAAAGCGGCUGCCGAGUCCCAGCGCCAGAUCAGCGCCCUCCAUGCCCGGCUCCAGGAGCAAGCCAGGCUCAUCGCCUCCCAGGAGGAGAGGAUCCAGACCAUGUCCCUCAGGAAGGUGGAGGGGAUCCCCCAGGGACCAAAGACUGAGGACACAGAGGAGGACUCUUCUCAGGAAGAGCUGGAGGACUCCCGAGAUGGGCAGCAGAAGGUGCUGGCAGCUCUGAGGAAAAACCCCACCUUGCUAAAGCAGUUCAGGCUGAUCCUGGAGGACACCCUCGAAGAGAAACUGGAAAGCAUGGGGAUAAAGAGGGAUGCAAAGGGAAUCUCAAUUCAGACUCUCAGACACCUGGAGUCCCUCCUAAGAGCCCAGCGGGAGCAGAAGGCAGGGAGGUUUGCUGAAUUUCUGAGUCUGAGAGAAAAGCUCAUCAAGGAGGCCACCAGCAAAGUGAAGGAGAGACAGAAGUAUGGGGCUGCGGUGUCCCAGCCAGAUGUCAAAAGCCAGCGGAGCCCAGUGGUCACCCAAGAGGCCCAGCGAAAGUCCAGGACCCUGCAAGUGGCAUCGCCAUGCAAGCCGGCACAGCCGUCCAGGCCAACUCUGCAGAGUUGUGACAGCCUUGGCCCUGGCCUGAAGCAGGUGCCCUCCUCAACUCCACGCCCCAGAGUGCGCAGACCUGCUGGCCCCCCGGCGUCCCCGGGGCCCGGGCUGAGUACGCCCCCCUUCAGUUCUGAAGAGGACUCGGAAGGAGACCCUGUACAGUGUGUGUCUCUUCCGCCUCCCCGAGCUCGCUCCAGGAUGGCGCCCCAGGCCGAGGAUGACUGGGACUGGUCAGACUCCGAGACCUCGGAGGGAAACCCCCUGCCCCCUGGCAAGGGCUCAGGUGGGCUGGCUUCAUCGGGAACACUGGUGCAGUCGAUGGUCAGGAACCUUGAGAAGCAGCUUGAGGCUCCGGCGAAGAAGCCUGUUGGAGGGGUCAGUCUGUUCUUAAUGCCCAAUGCUGGGCCACAGAGCGCUGCCAUGCCAGGAAGAAAGCCUCAGAUUUCUGAAGAUGAGAGUGAUUUGGAGAUCUCUUCCUUGGAAGAUCUCUCCCAGGACCUGGACCAGAGAGAGAAGCCAAAGCCCUUGUCCCGCUCGCAGCUCCCAGAGAAGUUUGGUGCCAGCCCUUGGCACUCUGGUCAACUCAGGGUCCCUGGAUGGUGAUCCCGCCCCAGAGCCUGGCUGGGUGCCCCUGGGCCCCAAGGCUUGAGAAAGGAUUAUGACAGGACUUCGGAGCAAUUUCUUUCCUCCACCUCCAUGUCCACACCAAGCUGAAAAGAACCACUCAGGCUCUAUUUCUGAGCAUUUUGUAAACCUGCAGGAACAACAGUGGAGAGGGCUCUUAUAUGGGGUCCUUUUGGGGAAGAAUGCCUCAGUCAGUCAUUCAGUGAUUGAACCAAAGUCAUUAUUGAGUGUCUGCUCUGUGCCAGGUCCUCCAGCACCUCACUACUGAGUUGGAGUGCAGGCAGAGGUGGGGGUGGGGGUGCAGAAAGCAUACCGCCCAUGACAGCAUGGUGCAGUGAAUCUCAUGAAGAAAUUUGGGCAUCACGGGAACAUAGGGUGUCAUGGGCCAGCCAGCCUAGCCGGGGUGAUCUUGGAGAACUUCCAGAGUUGUGAUGUUUGUCAUGGUCUGUUCAUGAGUGGGAAGGAAUGAGGGGCACUUGGCUAGAGCCUCAUAUCCCAAAGGACCACAAAUUUAAUUUUUGCUAUUAUCUUCAAAAUAAGAUUAUAUGCAAAGACACUGUAAUUUUUUUCAGUGUGAAAAGCAUUAAUUUAUUGUAUGUAAAUUUUAAAACAUAUAGCAUGAUGUUUAUAACUCUCUGAUAUUUCUUCAUCAUUUUUGGAGCUUUGGGGGAAAAAAAAGGAAGUGCCUCAAAUCUCAAUUGUUUCAGUUUGGGUCUUUUGGGGAUGCAGUUGUCAAGAUGGAGUUAGGAGUGCAACAGGUCUAUUGGGAGAGUAACACCUGUGAAAGGUAAAGGCAGAGGAAGCAGGAAUGGGCAGGGAAAGCCUUCCCACUACAGUGUAGAUUUGUCUCCUGUGAAAAGAAAGAGUAGGAAGUAGAAAUGUGCAGGGAGAACCCCAGAUUGUAAUGCAGGACUGAAAAAGUCUCUGCUAACUCAAUGGCAAGCUCCAAAGCAACAGCUUCCCUCCAAGGAAUCCUCUUGGGCAGAAAUGACCACACCAUAGUUUCCCAUGCUCCCUCCACCCACCCAUUGACUGAGGAAGCCCGGAAAGAGUGAGACGUGGACUUGAAAGCUAAGGAGAAUCCUGUCAGCCAACGGCACUUCUCAUAGCUGAAUAGCAAGUUGUUUCCUGAAGAACUUCCAUGUCUGCCACAACAAUAUAUGUCUUUAACUUUUUAUUAGGGAAAUUUCAAACAUACAUAAAAGUAGAGGGAACAGUAUGAUAAGCCCAUGCCCCAGCACCCAGCUUCAACCAUGAUCAACUCAUGGCCCAUAUUAUUUCACCUAUACCCAACUCCUUCUUUCUCUUCCCACAUCCAGGCUUCUUUUGUUCUUUGGUGGUCCUGACACCUGGACUAGGACCUGCAGUUCUAGGAGAAGCCAAGGGAAAGGCUGGAUUGUUCCUGAUGUUCUCACGAACAUUGGAGACUGAUGGCUUCACAUGCUGAGCCCUCUGUCUUGGGGCUUGCCCCAGUGAAGCUUGUUACUGUUGCCUUGGACUCAACAGCUGAAGGAAAAGAAACUCCUGCUCCCAGAUCAUGAUGCCGUCCUCGCGACCCCGGGGGGCCUCCGCGCUCCAGAUGGGGUCAACCGCACUGACGACGGCGGGCACUACUCCAGGAAGAGCUCCAGUCCAAAUACACGUGGGGCCAGAGAAACCAAGGGUCCCUACCAUGCAGAAUCACUCUUACUCAUCCUUGAAGUAAACUUGUUCUUUUUCAUAUUUCUUCCCUUGAGAUGAGAUUUCCCAGUCCUUAAUGCUCCUUGAGUCUACCAAACCCACUUGGCACAGUGGAUAUAGCUGUGGGAUCUGGACCCAGCUGUGGUCUCUGAUGAAAGCUUGGCCUGGGUGUCCAUGUUUGUUUUGAUUAGGGUACUUUAACUAAUGGUAAAUCCCAACUGAAAUAUUCUCAAUAAAUAAAUUAAUUAUUGCAUGUUUUUGACAUCUCCAUUUCUUGGACCUAACCCCUUGCCACUGGGAGAAUCCU